CUGAUAGCAGUUAAUUCAGAACUAUGUGUAUGACUGGUAGAUAUUUCAGGAAUGAUUGACAAAUGUGAAAUUUGUACCAUGGCCCAACCAACUUGGAACAGCGUUAUGGCUAACAUAUAGUACACGAAUACUGCCAUACUGAAUGUCACUGGAUCCAAUGAGAAUAUCAGACAGAAUCCUAUUGAUACAGCUAUGGUGCCUAAAAUUGCAAGGGACUCGCAUAUUACUACCCAAUAUGAGUACGCCUGCAGAAGCAGUCCAAACAGCCCGAAAGGCUUUCGCAAGUGGUGUGACGAGAAGUUAUGAUUUCCGAAUGAAACAAAUCAAGGCAUUGCUGCGCAUGGUCGAAGAAAAUGAAGCAAAACUGGUCGAUGCAAUCGUCAAAGAUGUCAGAAAACCGAAAUUCGAAGCUGUCGGAUAUGAAAUCGAGAGUGUCAAGAAGGCACUGAAAAAUAUCAUUAGCAAUUUAGAGAAUUGGAUGAAGCCACAGGAACCUGGAAAACCCAAAGCUUUCAUAAAUGACGAGGUGAUUAUCCAACCAGAGCCUUAUGGUGUUGUGCUGAUAAUAGGAGCCUGGAAUUACCCCAUCCUCCUAACUCUAGACCCCUUCACAGGUGCCAUAGCGGCCGGUAAUACGGUUAUCCUGAAACCGUCAGAGAUCGCCCCGCAUUCCGCCAAAAUUCUGGCAGACUUGAUCCCCAAGUAUUUGGCGCCGGACUGUUACCAAGUAGUCAACGGAGGAAUACCAGAAACCACGAAGCUUCUGGCAGAGAGAUUCGACUAUAUUUUCUACACGGGGAGCAGCAGCGUCGGAAAAAUCGUCCACCAAGCCGCUAGCAAAUUUCUUACCCCCGUCACGCUGGAAUUGGGGGGUAAAAGUCCUGUUUACGUGGACGAAACGGCUGAUCUGGAUUUAACGGCAGCUAGGAUUUUAUUCGGGCGAUUGGCUAAUGCUGGGCAGAGUUGCAUAGCGCCAGAUUAUGUUCUGUGCAGACGAGAAAUCCAAAGCAAGCUGGUCGCGGCAUGUAAAAAAGUUAUCGAUAAGUGGUACGGAGGGAAUGUCAAGACCAAUCCGGAUUAUGGCAGGAUCGUCAAUGAGAAUCAUUUUCGUAGGGUCGUCAAACUUUUAGAAGGCGCUAAAAUAGCCAUAGGCGGUGCUCACGAUGUCAGCGACUUGUACAUCGAACCGACAAUACUAGAGGACGUUCAGCCCACCCACCCCGUGAUGCAAGAAGAAAUCUUCGGCCCCAUUCUCCCCCUAAUUACGAUCAAAGACGCUAGGGAGGCGGUUGACUUCAUCAACGAGCGAGAGAAGCCUCUGGCUCUGUACGUUUUCAGCACAGAUAAGCAGGUCCAAGAUCUCUUCCUGAAGAACACUUCCAGUGGCAACAUGGUGGUCAAUGAUUCUUUCAUUCAUAUCUCUUGCGACACGUUUAUGUUCGGAGGGGUUGGCAACAGUGGCAUGGGGGGCUAUCACGGGAAGUACAGCUUCGAUACCUUUUCACAUAUGAAGGGGACGCUGAUAAAGAAGCUGAAUAGAUUGGGGGAGUAUGCGAAUUUGGCGAGAUAUCCCCCGUUUUCCGAGAAGAAGCUGAAUUUUAUUACUGCGGCGGUUAAGAAGAGGCCGUCGCUUCCCGGUUUGGGGUGUCUGUCGAAGUUUGUGAUAUUCGGAUUGGGUAUCGGUGCUGCUUUUUUAGGGCAAUUUCUAGUCAUGUAUAUGGAGAAACGUAAAUAAGACUGAAGCACAAUUUAUAUUUUUUAUGCUAAAAUUGUAUAUACAAGUUUUGGAGUGAGAGAACAAUAAAAUUAUAAAAUGUUGUAAAAUUGAUGCGUUCUGCGAA